ACCCUACGCCAAAGAGAGAGAGAAAGAGAGAGAGAGACUCAAAAUCGAUGCAGAACCGAGAAGACUGGUUUUGGAUUUGAGAGCCAAAGGGGAAAACAAAUCUUGUCUUAACAAAUGCCGAUUCCAAGAAAGGUCUUAACUGUUACACUCUUCUUCUCUCUGUUUCUACCUUUCUUCAUCUCCUCGGCUUCUGCAUCGAGCAACGAAGUCGCUGCGUUGGUUUCUUGGCUUCGCAGCUCGAACUCUCCGCCACCGACAGCGUUUUCAAGCUGGAACCCUUCUGAUUCAGACCCAUGUCACUGGCCUUACAUCACUUGCUCCUCUUCCGACAACCUCGUUACAGAGAUCAAUGUCGUCUCUCUUCAGCUAGCUUUACCAUUCCCUACCAACAUCUCUACCUUUACCUCACUUCAGAAACUCGUCAUCUCCAACGCCAAUCUCACCGGAAGUAUCUCCUCCGACGUCGGAGACUGUUCUCAGCUCAGAGUUAUAGACUUAAGCUCAAACAGCCUCGUUGGUGAGAUGCCUUCGUCUCUAGGGAAGCUCAAGAACCUCCAAGAACUCAUCUUAAACUCCAAUGGCCUCACCGGAAAGAUCCCGCCUGAACUCGGAGGUUGCGUGUCUCUCAAGAAUCUCGAUAUUUUCGACAACUUCUUAUCAGGGAUCCUCCCGUCCGAGCUCGGGAAGAUCUCGACGCUCGAGAGCCUUAGAGCCGGAGGAAACUCGGAGCUUUCAGGGAAGAUCCCAGAGGAGAUCGGAAACUGUGGGAGCCUAACGGUUCUAGGGCUCGCGGCCACGAAAAUAUCAGGCAACUUGCCAGUCACGUUAGGUCAACUAAGCAAGCUCGAGACUAUAUCAGUCUAUUCAACAAUGCUCUCAGGAGAGAUCCCUAAAGAGCUUGGAAACUGCUCUGAGCUUAUCAAUAUGUUUCUAUACGACAAUGGCUUGUCUGGCACGCUUCCACGAGAGCUAGGUCAACUUCAAAACCUAGAGAAGAUGCUUCUAUGGCAGAAUGAUCUUCACGGUCCCAUCCCUGAAGAGAUUGGAUUCAUCAAAAGCUUAAACGCCGUUGAUCUCUCUAUGAACUCUUUCUCAGGAACCAUACCUAUGUCUUUUGGUAACUUGUCUAAUCUCCAAGAGCUUAUGCUUAGCAGCAACAACAUCACAGGGUCAAUACCUUCUGUUCUAAGCAACUGCACAAGGCUUGUUCAGUUGCAGAUUGAUGCUAAUCAGAUCUCCGGUUUAAUUCCGCCGGAGAUUGGAUUGCUCAAGGAGCUUAACAUCUUCUUGGGGUGGCAGAACAAGCUAGAAGGGAAUAUUCCGACCGAGUUAGCUGGUUGUCAGAAUCUUCAAGCUCUUGACUUGUCUCAGAAUCUUCUCACUGGUGCUUUACCUCCUGGUUUGUUCCAGCUUCGUAAUCUGACCAAGCUCUUGCUUAUAUCUAAUUCCAUCUCCGGUGUUAUCCCACCGGAGAUCGGAAGCUGCACUUCACUUGUCAGAUUAAGGCUUGUCAAUAACAGGAUCACCGGAGAGAUCCCUAGAGAAAUAGGGCUUCUUCAGAACCUUAGCUUCCUAGACUUGUCUGAAAACAGUCUCUCCGGUCCAGUUCCUUGGGAGAUAAGCAACUGUUUACAACUUCAAAUGCUAAACUUGAGUAACAACACUCUUAGAGGUUCCCUCCCUCUCUCUUUAUCUUCUUUAACAAAGCUUCAAGUACUUGAUGUCUCUUCAAAUGACUUGACUGGCAAGCUUCCUGAUAGUCUUGGUCAGCUCCUUUCGCUUAACCGGCUCAUCCUCAGUAAGAACUCCUUCAAUGGAGAGAUCCCUCCGUCUCUAGGUCAUUGCAUGAAUCUUCAGCUUCUUGAUCUCAGCAGCAAUAACAUCUCUGGAGCCAUACCAGAAGAACUCUUUGACAUUCAAGAUCUAGACAUUGCCUUGAACUUGAGCUGGAACUCAUUAGAUGGCUCUAUCCCGGCCAGGAUCUCAGCGCUUAACCGGUUAUCCGUGCUGGACAUUUCUCACAACAUGCUUUCAGGGGACCUCUUUGCGUUGCCCGGUCUAGAAAACUUAGUUUCUCUGAACAUCUCUCACAACAGAUUCUCUGGUUAUCUUCCAGACAGUAAGGUUUUCAGACAGCUAGUAGCAGAAGAGAUGGAAGGAAACUCUGGACUAUGUUCCAAAGGUAUAAGGUCUUGUUUUGUCAGUAACAGCACACUGUUGAACACCCAGCACGGUGGAGAUUUUGCCCACUCACAAAGACUCAAGAUAGCCAUUGGAUUGCUUAUCAGCGUGACAGCGGUUCUAGCAGUACUAGGAGUGUUAGCGGUUUUACGCGCAAGGCAAAUGAUUCAGGAAGGUAAUGAUUCAGAGAAGGGAGAGAACCUAUGGACAUGGCAGUUCACACCUUUCCAGAAACUCAGCUUCACAGUGGAACAUGUACUCAAGUGUUUGGUAGAAGGUAAUGUUAUAGGGAAAGGCUGCUCUGGAGUGGUGUAUAGAGCAGAGAUGCCUAACCAAGAAGUCAUAGCAGUGAAAAAGCUCUGGCCAGUGACGGUGACGGUUGCCAAGACAUCAGGAGGUCGAGACUCAUUCUCAGCUGAAGUCAAGACACUUGGGUCGAUCAGACACAAGAACAUAGUCAGGUUCUUGGGAUGUUGCUGGAACAAGAACACUAGACUUCUUAUGUAUGAUUAUAUGUCGAAUGGUAGUUUAGGAAGCUUGCUUCACGCGAGGAGUGGCGAAUGUAGCUUAGGAUGGGAGGUUAGGUACAAGAUUAUACUUGGUGCAGCUCAGGGUUUGGCUUACUUGCAUCAUGAUUGUGUUCCUCCCAUUGUUCAUAGAGACAUCAAGGCUAAUAAUAUUCUCAUUGGCCCCGAUUUUGAGCCUUACAUUGGAGAUUUUGGUCUUGCUAAGCUUGUUGAUGAUGGCGACUUUGCUCGUUCUUCCAAAACCAUUGCUGGUUCCUAUGGUUACAUAGCUCCAGAAUAUGGAUAUUCAAUGAAGAUAACAGAGAAGAGCGAUGUGUUAACAGGGAAGGAACCGAUCGAUCCAACAAUACCAGACGGACUUCACAUAGUAGACUGGGUCAAGAAGAUCAGAGAUAUACAAGUAAUCGACCAGGGACUACAAGCGAGGCCAGAGUCAGAAGUAGAAGAGGUGAUGCAAACGCUAGGAGUUGCACUUCUCUGCGUGAACCCGAUACCUGAAGACAGGCCUACAAUGAAAGAUGUGGCUGCUAUGCUCAGUGAGAUACGUCAAGAAAGAGAGGAACCGAUGAAAGGUGGUGGGAAUAAUGGUUGCUCGGGGAGUUGUAAUAACAACGGAGAAGGGAGAGAUGAGUCUUUGUCUUCUUCUACUAUGCAGCAAACGGCUAAGUACUUGAGAAGUAGUAGCACGAGUUUCUCUGCGUCUUCUUUGCUAUACUCUUCGUCUUCUUCUACUUCUAAUGCUAGACCAAAUCUGAAAUAGAUUGUUAAUUAUGUUUCUUAGGGAACAAGUUCUCUACUUCUAAAGUUAUCUAUGUGAGGUUGUGAUAAACUCUUGUCUUUUUAAACCAA